ACAAACAAUUUUUCAGAAUCUGAAGAAACACUACCUACAAACCAAAAAUGAAGAAAUUCUUGUGUUUAACCCUCGCUCUUCUUGCAGUCUUACCUUUUAUGAUAAUGGCUGAGGAAAAUUCUCCACCAAGUGAUGAUAUUGGUGAUUUGGAAGAAGAAGAAAUUGAGAGUACUUUCAAUGGAACUGCGAUAUCCAAUGAAGAUGAUGAUAAGUCUGGCAGAUCAAAGAGAAGCACAUUUUUCCAAAGAUACUGUUCAAAUCGGGGAGCAUUUUGCAAUUCUCAAGCCAGAUUUAAAAUUAUUUCUUUACGCGGAAAAUACAAUGCAAAAAAAUUAUGUGAAGCAUACAGCAGUCACUACAACUGCUUCAAGGCAAUUGACAAUCUCUCAUUCUGCAGAGUAACUAACUUGGGAUUAACAAAACGCUUCGCUGACAGUUAUUGUAGCAAAGAUUGUCAGUGUGAAUUGGCUGCUUGUGACAAUAAAAGCUUGAGCUAUUGUUCUACUUGGUAUUGCAGAAGAAACGCUUUCAUCCAAUGUGGCAUGUACAACUCUGAAACUAUUGCAAGAUUCCCCAAGUCAAUUAAAAUUUGUCCCGGAUCCGGUGGCUUGAGCAAAAGCAACUGCGAUUGCAAGUGUCAAUGCUCUCCUUAGACUCCGAAAAAAGCGAAAAUGAAAUGAAAGCAUUGAAUAUUUUGUAUUGGGCACUAUGUUUAUCUUUUUCUUCAGUAGUAUAUUUGUGAUGAGCCGGCUUUUUUAAUCAAAUACAAUUAGUUUCUGACUAUUUAAAAAA